CUUUGGGACAUAGAUCACUGGAAUAAAACCGCAUUAAAGUAUGUUCCAGUUUUAUACAAGUGCUAAACAUGUAAAUAAAUAUAUUGGCAGCCUAAAAUAUCUAGAAUGCCACCAAGAGUUGUGAUAAUCCCAGGGAAUGGGGCAGGAGAUGUGUACCAUGCAAACUGGUAUGGCUGGUUGCACAACAAGCUUAAUACCAAAGAAAACAUUCCCUGUGCAUUAGAAAACAUGCCAGACCCUGUCACUGCAAGGGAAAGUGUGUGGAUCCCAUUCAUGAAGGAGACAUUGAAGUGUGAUGAGAGCACAAUUAUUGUAGGCCAUAGUUCAGGCGCUCAGGCAGCAAUGCGUUAUGCAGAGAAAUACAAAGUACUGGGUAUCAUUGUAGUGUCAGGUUGUGUCACUGAUCUAGGAGAUGAGAAUGAGAGAGCUAGUGGGUAUUACAACAGACCAUGGGAAUGGGAGAAAAUAAGGGCCAAUGCCACAUUUGUUCUGCAGUUUGGUUCUACAGACGAUCCCUUUAUACCAUGGGAAGAACAGCAACAGGUCCAUCAAGGACUGCAGUCAAAACUGCAUAAAUAUGAAGAUAAAGGACAUUGCAUGAAUUCCACGUUUCCGGAUUUAUUGAAUGCAGUGAAACAUUUGGUCGUUUUUAAGUUCUGACUGAGAGUUAGUGUUCAUGAUAGCUAGCACUAGUCAAAUGAAAUAUCAUGCACAUAAUCUUAAUAAUUUAAUCUAUUUGGAUGUGUGCAUAUAAAUCUUUGUCAGUAACAAUAUUGGUUGAACCAAAUAAAUUAUAAGCAUUUAGUGUAAAUUAUGUAUACUGGCACAAAAAUAAAUCUGUAUCCUAACUUUUCAUAUGAUUAUAAUAUGCUUUUUGAGGCAUUUGACAACUGAA